AAUGGGAUUUAAAGAAGCAUUCACAAGAUAAGGCGAUGGAGAGAAUCUGCUCUUCGAUGAUGAUGCAUUCAUCUAUUUCGCCAUUUCUAUUCUUACUUUAGUUAUUCUUCCUCUGGUUUACUCAGUUAUCAAGCCAUUGUUCACAACAUACGUGUUAGGAGAAAACAGAAGAAAAUUCGCACGUGUUCCCUAAAGCUCCAAUGAUCAAUAAAAUCUACAAUUAGCUAAAUAAGAAUUAAGACUUAAAUGGCUUACAACAGGUUAUGUGGUUAAGGUAAAAUAAUGAUUCUUAUCUAAGAUCAUAAUACUUGUGGCUCUUUUAUUAUUGCUUAAUGCAUCAAUUUAAUCAUUACCAAAGGCUGAUAAAAUUAAAGGGUUUGAUCCUUAUGAGAUUUUAGAAAUAGAUCCAAGUGCAACAGAAUAAGAAAUUCGUAAAGCAUAUAGAAAGAUUUCAUUAAAAUUGCAUCCAGAUAAAAAUCCUGAUGAUCCUUAAGCAAAUCAAAAAUUUAUACUAUUGACUAAAGCUUAUGAAUGUUUAACAGAUGAAGACAAAAAAUCAUUAUGUAUGAAAUAUGGAAAUCCAGAUGGACAAUAAAGUUUAUCUGUUGGAAUAGCUAUGCCAUCAUUUCUAUUAAAAAAAGAAAAUAGAGCUGCUUUCUUAGCAGUAAUAUUUUUAUUACUUUUGGUUGUUGUACCUAUAAUUGUUUUGUAUGAAUUAAGAUCAAUAGGAAAAUAUGAUUAAAAUGGAAUAAUGCUUAGUAAUUAAGAAAAAUUUGAAAGAGGAUUAGAAGAAAACUUAUUAAUUAAGAAAGGAGUAGAAUUAUCUAGUUGUAGUGAUGAAUUAUGUAGAAUAAGAUUGAAAACUGAAUAAUAAGCUAUAGAUUUAGAAAAAUUAGUUAAUGAAUUAAAAGAAGAAGCAGAAUUAAGAAAGAUAUAAAAAUUUGAAAUAACAGAAGCACUUGAAUAAUCGAAAAAAUAAAAGAAGAAAAAAAGAGUAACUAUUUCUAUUGCCAUGAUUUUAAUAUAUGCUCAUUUAUUUGGUAAACCAAUUCCUAAUAGUGUUAAAUAUUUAUAUAGAUCUACUAUUAAAAUAAUUCCCAAAUUAGUAAAUUCAAUGGUAAGAUUAGCAUUUGAAUUUUCAAUGAAAUAUAAAGUAAUGUAAUGGAGAUAAAGAGGAAGAUUUUAAACUAAAUUUAUGGGUGCCAGAUGUAUUAAUAACAUUUUAUAAUUCUCUCAAUGCAUUGUAUAAGGAAUAUAUGAAACAGAUAAUCCAAUAAAUUAAAUUGAUUUUUUUGCUACUAAAGCUAAAGAUUAUAUAAAAAAAGGGAAAAUGCCAAUAUUCUAAGAAUUAGUUCAAAAAUAAAUUGAUUAAAGAGUGGUAAUAUAUUUAUAUUAAUAAAUUCAUAGUUACCUAAUUGGGUACCAGAAGAAUUCAAAGAAUAAAUAAUGAAUGAAAUUAAUAUGUUUCCUUAAUUAGAUAUUAAACAUGAAGUAACUGUUGAUGAUGAAUCAAUUGUUGAAUAAUGUAAUGAAGAUAUAUUUAGUGUAUUCAUUAUUUAAUAUAUAGAUUAAAAUCACAUUAACAAGAUUGAAUACUCCUGAAGGUGAAGACAUUCCAUUUGCACAUUCAAAUAGAUUUACUUAUGUUAAGGAGGAGGGAUGGCAUGUUUUGAUUACUUAUUAAAAUGAAGUGUUUUAUUAUGCUUAAUUAAAUGGAGCUAAUAGAGUAUAAACAACAGAAUUUAAAUUUUAACCUAAAAUGUAUUUUGGUGAUGUAGUAGAAUUUGAAUUCAUUUUAUUUGUCAUUUCUGAUUGUUAUAGAGGAUUAGAUGCUGAAAUACCAAUUAAAUUUAAAGCUAAAAAAGCUAAUCAAAUAAGCAGAGUAUAUUGAUAUAAUAUAUAUAUUAAGGCUGUUGAAUAUCAUAAAGAAGAUUAAGAAUUAGAUAAAUCACUUCCAUUUAUUCAAUCUAUGUUAUUUCCAAUGUAAAAUAAGGUUGAAGACAGUGAUUCAGAAGAUGAAGAUUAAUCAAAGAAAGAUGAUGAAUGAA